GCUCGCACCGGUCUCAUCAUGGCGAGACACCUUCGCUUCGUAGCUCGGACAGUGAUGGUUCAAGAGGGCAACGUUGAUGCUGCGUACUCAACUUUAAACAGGAUCUUGUCCCAGGAUGGGAUUAUUGAAACAGUGAAGCGAAAGCGCUACUACGAGAAGCCCUGCCGAGAGCGACAGCGGAAGAACUUUGAGGCCUGCAAACGAAUCUACCACACUGAAAUGGCGAGGAAGAUCGCCUUCAUCUCCAGGACAAACAGAGAUGACCCCUGGGUUGGUUGCUAGCGAAAUGGAACAUGAUAAAACAGAGAUGGUAUCAGCGGACUGGUUAAGACGAACGCCAGCAAAGUGGAAGAAGCGAACAAAAUCAGCACAAUGUCACUAUCAUGUCUGAAUGAAAAGUGACUUUCAUGUUUUCCCUUGUUUAGUAGAAAGAAGACUCAAGUUUUUUGUUAUGUUUGUGCAUGUCUUGUGCUUGAAGAGAAAUAUUCACACUUGGUUAUUUGAACAUUUUAUUGUCUUUCAACAUCAUGUUAGUAGUGAAGAAGCCAAUAAAUGUAUAACAUGUUCUGAAAAAACUGCAGUUGGUGAAGAAAUAUUUAUACCAGUCAAACUUUUAAUUAACAAAUAGGUUGUUUUGGUUGCUUUCAACGUCAAACUGUUUUUUGUGUGAAUGUGGUCUCAGCAGGAGUUUGCAGUCAAUCAAUUAAGGGUCACUACUCCUCAGUGUGGUAUCAGCCACCUCCUGCAAAUUCCCAUAUCAGCAAGAGCUUUCACCUUUAGAGAGCUUUACUGUGUGCACUUGCUCUCUUUCCUCUCCCACAGGGUGAGUUAAAGAUUUGCACCAUGCUCACUUGUCUCAGAUGUUACCAGUUCAUGCUGAUAUCCUGUCCAGAGGUUUCAGUCAACGGGAGAGGAAACAGUAUGGUCAAUAAGGGAUAUUUUAAACUAAAAGAGAACGACUGCUGAGGUCUGACCCCCUUUUUUUUUUUUAAAGGGUCGGUUCACCUAAA